CGCCGCGCCGCGAACAUGGCCGAAGUCGGCGAGGACAGCGGCGCCCGCGCCCUGCUGGCCCUGCGCUCGGCGCCCUGCAGCCCCGUGCUGUGCGCCGCGGCCGCCGCCGCCGCCUUCCCCGCCGCCGCGCCCCCGCCGCCGCCGCCCGCGCAGCCCCCCGCGCCCGCCGCGCCCCGCUCCCCGGCGCCGCCGCCCGCGCAGCCGCCGCCGCCCGCCCCGGCCCCGGCCCCGGCCCCGGCCCCGGGCGCGGCCUCGGACGCGGGCACGGCCCCGGCGCUGGUGGCGGCGGCGGCCGCGUCGGUGCGGCAGAGCCCGGCCCCGGCCCUGGCGCGCCUGGAGGGCCGCGAGUUCGAGUUCCUCAUGCGGCAGCCCAGCGUCACCAUCGGCCGCAACUCGUCGCAGGGCUCGGUGGACCUGAGCAUGGGCCUGUCGAGCUUCAUCUCGCGGCGCCACCUGCAGCUCAGCUUCCAGGAGCCGCACUUCUACCUGCGCUGCCUCGGCAAGAACGGCGUCUUCGUGGACGGGGCCUUCCAGCGGCGCGGCGCGCCCGCCCUGCAGCUGCCCAAGCAGUGUACUUUUCGGUUUCCAAGCACGGCUAUAAAGAUCCAGUUCACGUCACUGUACCAUCAGGAAGAGGCUCCAGCGUCCCCCCUGAGGCCCCUCUACCCCCAGAUCUCCCCUCUGAAGAUCCACAUUCCGGAGCCGGAUCUCCGGAGCACGGUCAGCCCCGUCCCCUCCCCCACCGGCACGAUCAGUGUUCCCAACUCCUGCCCAGCCAGUCCUCGUGGCGCCGGAUCCUCGGGCUAUCGCUUUGUUCAGAACGUCACCUCGGACCUGCAGCUGGCAGCGGAGUUUGCCGCCAAGGCCGCAUCAGAGCAGCAGGCAGAGGCAUCUGGAGGAGACAGCCCAAAGGACGAGUCCAAGCCGCCCUACUCCUAUGCCCAGCUCAUCGUGCAGGCCAUCUCCUCGGCCCCGGACAGACAGCUGACGCUCAGCGGGAUCUACGCCCACAUCACCAAGCACUACCCGUACUACAGGACCGCAGACAAGGGCUGGCAGAAUUCCAUCCGACACAACCUCUCUCUGAACCGUUACUUUAUCAAAGUCCCACGUUCCCAAGAGGAGCCUGGAAAGGGUUCUUUCUGGCGGAUAGACCCUCCCUCAGAAGCCAAACUGGUGGAGCAGGCAUUCCGCAAACGGAGACAGAGAGGCGUGUCCUGCUUCCGCACGCCCUUCGGGCCCCUGUCCUCAAGGAGUGCUCCGGCCUCGCCCACUCACCCCGGGCUCAUGUCCCCUCGUUCCAGUGGCCUGCAGACCCCGGAGUGCCUGUCUCGGGAGGGCUCGCCCAUUCCACACGACCCUGAGUUUGGGUCCAAGUUAGCUUCUGUCCCUGAGUAUCGGUAUUCCCAAAGCGCACCUGGCUCCCCCGUGAGUGCCCAGCCCGUGAUCGUGGCCGUGCCGCCCCGGCCAUCCAGCCUGGCCGCCAAGCCAGUGGCCUACAUGCCCGCCUCCCUGGUGGCCCCACCGCCACCCUCCGGCCACGCAGUCCACGUUGUGCAGCCGGCGCCCACGGUGACAAUGGUCAGGGUGCUUGCCGCCUCCACCGGCUCCGCCAACGGCUACAUCCUCGCCAGCCAGGCCGCCGCAGGCACAGCCCACGAAGCCACGGCCACUGCCCUGCCAGACCUGGCCAGCGAGGCGAGAGGCUUGGAGGAGAAGCCCACCAUCGCGUUUGCCACGAUCCCCGCCGCCAGCCGGGUCAUCCAGACAGUGGCUGGCCAGGUGGCGCCCGGCGUCCCCGGCCACGCGGUCGCCAUCCUGCAGCCUGCCACGCCGGUGAGCAUCGGCCAGCACCACCUCCCGGUCCGGGCGGUCACACAGAACGGGAAGCACGCCGUGCCGCCGGGCAGCUUAGCGGGCAGCGCUUAUGCCCUCACCAGCCCUCUGCAGCUCCUCGCCGCCCAGGCCAGUUCGUCUACUCCUGUGGUGGUCGCCCGAGUGUGCGAGGGGGCCCCCGAGGAGCCCACUGCAGCAGCCACCACCGCCACCUCCGCUGCCACCAGCACCCCCGCCAGCGCCCCCGCCGCCUCUCCCACCGGGGAGCCCGAGAUCAAGCGGCCCCGGGUGGAGGAGCCUAGCGGGACGGUGGCCGCGCAGGCCAGUGUGAUCGCAGCUGCCGGCCCCCAGGGCCCAGGGACCGGCGAGUGAGGCCGCCGGACGUGGGUGGAGGGGGUGAGACCCCCGGGGUCGUGGAGCCGGACGUGUCUCCGAGAGCGCAGCGAGCGUGGCCCACAGCUGACUGAGCACACAGUGCCAACGCGCCCGGCCGCGCCCUCUCCCUGGGCUGGAGCUCGCGCGCUACUUUUAUUUUAUCUCCUGCCUCUCCCUGUAGUUUAAAACAAAAACACAUAAACAAGUUCAGACAACUGAUUGUAUGGUUCUGGGGGUUCUUUGUUGUUUUUUUUUCCUCCCUUAGCACCUCCUUUCUCCCCAAGCCUUUUUUCAAGGGCUUAGGGGAGAAGGUCGGGUCUGGAAGGCACCGCAGCAGACCUGCCCCCCGAGCUGGCCCAGCACCCCCCGGAGGAGGAGCCUGCUCGUCCUGGGGGCUGGCCCUGUGCCGGAUGGAGGCCUUUUCGGGGAAAGGCUGGGACUCGGAACAAAUCCCCCAGGUACAAGGAAGGGGAGAACCGCCGGGUCCCCAAAGGUGACGGCGCCAGGCUCAGUGCCACCCUGGAGGCAUCGUGUGUGGCUGCCGGACCCCAGGCCUUUCUCGUUCCCUGUGGAGCCCAGGCUCAGCCACGCCUGCGACCAGCACAGAGGGGCAGCACACGGCGGAGGCCGGCCCCUGUGCGUCAGGUUCCCUCAUGGCAAGAGGCCCUCGAGGGGGAACACGGCCACCACAUCUGCUCACUUCAGGAAGGAUCCACGGCUUCCCGUCUCGGGGUUCCAGGUAGAAAGUUCUCUGGAUGACAGGCCAUUGCAGGGCAGGGCCCCCUCAUCCAUAUGCCACGCGUGGGGCCCAGGGCCGCCUGCCGUGGGGCACAGGUGCAGAAGCCAGCGGCCGGAGGUCCCAACUCGGCACGAGGUACUGGCAGCUGUGCGGCUCUGACAAUGGGAAAGGGGUGGAACCCCCGUGUUCUCUGGCAGCCGAUGCCCUGGCACCCGCCUGCUGGUGGGCACAGCAGAGCUAAGCUGAAGCUGGUCACGCAGCUUUGUAACCAAAUUAUGGUUCCAUUUACCGCCCAGAACUCUACCGUUUUAAAUCAGCACCGUCUUGUCUGCCUGGGGUCAGCGAGCAGAAGGGAGACGGCCCCCGGGCAGCGCAGCGAGUGGGGGUCUGUGUGCCUCCCCCGUGCGAUACCUUUCUGAUGGAGGUGGGACAGCAGCCAGGACGCACUGGCCGGGUGCCUCUUGGUUCCCAAGGCAGUGCCUGGCCCCUGUGGACACCCUCGGGCAGCGGGAGCUGUGUCCCAGGUGCACGCCUGGAGCUGAGCUGUUACAUUUGUAGCCCACUCUGGGGAGAAGAUUGUAGUUCCUCAGCUUCUCUGGGAGAAACUUUACAGGAAAUAUUGAGCUCAUUUCUGGAAAGAUUGGUUUUAGGCUUUGCUGAACACGCUGGUGGACCACGACUAGGAUCAACGUCAGCAAACGGUGCACAGAACUGGAAGCACUUGCAGGGAAGUGACUUUCUUAGAAAGGCCGUCCUCAGCACGAAAGGCCGCCCAGCAGUGCCGAGCCCCGAUGGGAAGCUGCAGAGACUGGCAGGCCCUGUUCGUGCCAGCAAGCCGGGGCAGCCAGGGAAUGGGUGUCACAGCACGGGCAGCUCAGUCCCGGCCACGCUCGUCCCCGCUGCUGUCCUCAUGGAGGUGCCGCUGGCCUGCCCCACGCCAGCCGCUUCUGAGGCGCUGAGCUUUGGAUGGAAGUCAGCUCUCUGUUGACACCAGUGCCUGCGCCUGCCACAGAGUCCCAGAGGAAGGGGACGGGGUGAAGACACGGUGGGCCCUCUGUAGGCCCCUCCACCGGUGACCAUGGGGCAUGUAUGGCAUCUGUGUGGCCUGGGUGCUUCACGUGCAUCCUCCUUGUUCAGCGUGUGUGGUGUGUGCAAGGGUGGGUGUGAUGGAGGGCGGGCUCGGGCCCAGUCGGCCAGGAGCCUACCCUCCGAGGGUCUGCAGCCCACACCUUGUGGCUCCUCCCCCCUCCUGCAGCCCCCUUUCAAGGGGCGUAAUGUUUGCUUUGGGACCCCUGACUCAGAAGCUCACUUUCACAGGUGGCUUGCACAGAACAGUUGGCCAUGAAAUGUCUCGUCCUCUUUCUGCCUCUGCCUGUUCUGCUCAUCCUGGCUCGGGCCCUCUGGCCGCCCUGACCUCUGAGAGGUUUUGGUUUUGUCCAUUAGUAGCACUGAGCCCACUGUCGACAUCAGCGGUGGUACAAGAAGGGGGUGCAGGGGGAGCUGGGUGGCUGGAAUGAGCGGAGGGGCUGGUAUGUCUGUCGGCAGCAUCCUGCCGUGUGGGAGUUGGUGAAGUCUGAGCCUCCGCUGGGUCUGAGUGAGGGGCACAGGGGAGGUGGAACCACCCGGACUUGGGGACAAGGGGGUGUAGGCUGGGCCUCGGCAGGGCCACCCCUCGGGGUUUUAAAGGACGAGCUUCCUGGCAGGUUUUUGGUUGUGCCUGAAACUGGUCACCAGAGGCCCAGGAGUGGCCUGUGCCCCAUGGAGGAGCACAUCCAGCCAGAGAGGCCGCCCAGCACCCUGAGCCGGCCAGGAGGCCACCGGGGGGCCCUCGGGCCUGUGACCCUGUGGGAUGACUGUUUGUGCGUCUCAUCUGGGCUGAGAGCAGGCCGUCCUGCCGCUGCUGGGAUCAGUGCGGUCUGGCCAGGGCUGGCGUCACUUGGUCUCGGGUGACACCCUCCUCCUCGGUCCCCAGGGGCUCACGGCUUCCAGCUGGGGCAGGGCCUUGUGGCUACACUCCAAGGCGAGGCUGCAGCCAGCUCUGCCCACCGUGCCACCACCCUGUCCAGGGGCCUGGGUCCUCAGUUGCUCUAUCACCAGGUGCGGAAGUGCAUGCUGUUUGGAGAGAAUGUGAACAGCUGGACGUUUCCCACCAGGAUGGUAGCUUGGAGCACUGGGAACGAGUCAGGGCUGCACCAGGGGCUCCGGCAGCCACGAGGAUGGCUGCUGGGUCGGUGGCACUUCUGUUGCUGCCACUUCUCAGAAGGGCUUGAUCCAGGAGACGACUGAGCCUCCUCAGGGUUGACCGUCCGGAGUCCGUUAGCCGUCAGCAGUGGAGCAGAGCACUGAGGAGAGUGGCAGAAAGAGCUGGAAGGCUGUGGAGCUUGGUGUGUCAGUCCUUAGCGCUUUGCCUCUGUCUGUGUAUUGUGCUCGCACGUAAUAUUUUGCUUCUGUUGAGGGCGGCAAGCGUGUAAUUCAAUGCCUCUGAGGGACUCACGUAUACCGUUUAUCUCCCCCGUUGUCUUUAGAUGCUUGGCAAUCGCACAGCCUUGAAUUCCCUCCGAGGCAGGUGUGAGCCGGGCUGGCCUUGUGGGCACCUUGGUGGCACCUAGUGCUGGGACACGGCUCCCUUCUCCGCUUGGCGUGGACAGUGGCACUGUGUGGCCCCCGGGCUCGCUGGCGGAGGAGAGUGAGAGCAGCAGGGUCCCUGCGUUUGGCGGUCUCGGCUCACGUUUUGGGGUUUGCUGUUUGUGUUUUCUUUUUCUCUUACUUAAGAACAAAGGCACACGGGAAACGUGUAAGUGGGUUUCUGAGUGGCUCAAAGCAGCAGUCUGUGAUCCUGAGGUGGGGUCUUUGAGCGCCUUGAAGCCAGGAGAGAAAGGGUUUGGGGCCCCCACCAUGGCCUAGAGAGGAGACAGUGCUGGGGCCUCCCGUGGCUGCCAUGGGGCUGUGGGCCGGCGCGGAGGGUGCGCGAUGCGGGCCUUGGCACUGGCUCUGGCACCCUUCUGGGGCUGCGGUCCCGGCUUCGCCCUGGCCACUCGUGGCCUCUCAGGCAGCGUGUCACGGGGAGCUCCGCGCAUCUAAGAGGCGGGCACGGCGGCUUCUCGGAGGGGCUUUGCUCUGGCUUUGGGGUUUUCCUGGAGUGUGGGACACUUCCUAAUUUAUGGAGACAAAGACCAGACCUCACUGAGAAAAACCACCACCUGGUUGAAUUUGAGAAAGCCCUAGAGAAGCAGAAAGGGUUUUCCUCCGGCGUGUGGAGCCUGGAAAUAACCAUGGGGUUGGGGGCGAGUUCCCUGCUUCUCCUCAAAAGCUUCCACUUGUGCUUUGCCCCUGCGCGGCUGCAUCUGGUGUCAGGAGCCGCCCCCGCUCUCGCCGCCCCCGGCUCCCGCGCGGCCCCUUCUAGAGCAGGCGCGCACCGAGGCCCACGUGGGGCCCGCGCCUCGGGCACCAGCUGGGGAGCCCCGGGGAGGUGGGGGCUCGCCGGGGAGGUGCUGGGGCGCCCCGCGAUGCCCCCGCCCCGAGGCAACAUUGUUUAACAAGAAGAAGUUAAACACUUUAACGUGCUGCUAUGAGGACGGGCGCGCCCUGCCCAGGGGCCCAGCCGGGUGGUCCCUGCCGGCGCCCCCAGUGGCCGCCCUGGGCGUGGGGACCUCCGUUCAUUUCAGGGGUUCCUGCUCCGCGCCUUGUUUUCCACGUCGAGGUUUGUAAAUAUGCAGGACUCGGUGCUCCUUGUCCGCUUCCUGUUUUCUCUGGGCUUUGCUCAGACGUCUGCUCUUCGCACUGUCCUUCAAUACCAGAAGCUGCUGUGGGGUGCAGGGGAGAGUCGCGACGCAACAGCGGUGGGGGGGGCAGUGCAUGGCCUCGCGAGGCGGCCCCUCUCACAGCCUGGCCUUGGCGCAGGUGGACUUCUGCCAGUUUGCAUUUUCAGAAGGGCCUCUCCUUGUGCGUGUGGUUUUCCUGUUUGGUUCUGCUGCUCUUUCCGUUCCACGUUACACGACUGCUACCCCUGGAAUUCUAGCUGCUUGGAAGAAUGGCCCGUCGUGAUACAACCAUGAGCAUUUCUUCUGAAACUGAAAUGCACAACAGGCCCGUUUCACUGUUUAGGGAAAAGAUUUUUACUCUUACGUUUUUAAAAAAAAAAAAAAAACCCUGCUGCCAGGCUGUCUGCUGUCGGC